CUUGCGCCAUACACUGUUGCAAUACCUCAGUGCACUGAUUAACACUUGUUGUUAUUCAAGAGAGUCUACAUCGAGGAAAGUUUGGGAAAUGGCCCAUCUGAUAAACAAUAAUGUGUUCCUGGCCUUCUCCACAUAUGCCACCAUUGUCGUCCUCAAAAUGAUGUUCAUGUCCUUCAUUACUGUUUACUACAGGAUGACCAGAAAGGCCUUUUCAAACUGGGAGGACACUGCAAUGGGCAAUAAUAAUCCAGAAGAUAGAAAGAAGUUGCUUCAGACCAAUCCUGAUGUAGAACGUGUUCGAAGAUGCCAUCAGAAUGACCUGGAGAACAUAAUUCCCUUUGUGGUAAUUGGUCUUCUGUAUGCACUCACGGGGCCAGAUCUCUCCACUGCUCUGUUGCACUUCCGAGUGUUUGUGGGUUCACGUUUCAUCCACACUGUGGCCUAUGUGAUGGCUCUGCCACAGCCUAGCAGAGCUCUGGCCUGGAUUGUGGGGCUGUUCACAACUUUCUCUAUGGCUUACAGGGUGCUUACCGCUGCUCUCUUUCUCUAAAGGGUGCACAGCACUGUUGGAUAUAACAGAAAGGAACAAGCUUUUUUUUAAAUUAUGUGCUAUAAUCACUGGCUAUAUCUUUUCUUAUUACGUUCUAUGCAGUUUAUAAUAGAAACAGUCAAUAUUUCAUUAAAAGUUUUUAAGAAUCUUUCUAGUUUGAAUAACAUAAAAACUGUUAUCAUGUUGUAAUGCACAGGUAUGAGUUUGACGACACUGGUUGUAAUGUCACUCUCUCAACUAAAACAUGUUUGUUCACAGUCAACAAGUCGUUGACAAAAUGAGUCAGCAAUAAAAAGAGGGUUGCUACCAAGGGCA